AUGAGCAACAUCAUUGAAAUUUCAUCUAUGCCCGUAUUGGGUUUUGAUCCACGUUUAGUGCGAUAUGGUUCGAUUUUUCUUCUAAUAGUUGGUACAUUUGGUAAUAUUAUUUCAUUUAUUAUAUUUAUAAGUGAUGCAUUACGUAAAUCAUCAACAUUUCGUUAUCUAGCAUUUCUUUCAUUGUUGGAUUUACUUGUAUUAUACUCGGGUUUAGUUGAUUUAUUUCUUACGAUUGAAUACGAUGGAACAUUUUCAUUGAGAAAUUUAAAUCCAAUAACAUGUCGUUUACAUACAUUUGUAACAUAUUGGUCACAACAUUCAUCAUCAUGGAUUUUAUGUUUUAUAUCUGUUGAUCGAGCAAUCGCAACGAAUUGUAUAAAGUUUGCGAGAAAAUUUUGUACACCUCGUUCAGCUGAAUAUAUCGUGGCACUAAUUUUAUUGUUUACUGCUUUAUUAAAUUUUCAUGAAUUAAUAUUUCUUCGUUUGCAAGAUGCAAAUCCUAUAGAAUAUCAUGAUGUUGAUACAACUUUAUCAUCAUAUCGUUCGAAUAUUUCAAUUCAAAAUUCGCCUAUCUCCAAUGACUUUGUUAUAAGUAAUAAAUUAGAAAGUAAACGAAGUAUUCAAUCAAUUAUUUCAAUCUGUGAUAAAACUCCAUGGAAAUUUUCAUGUUUAAGACAUAAACGAGAUUUAUUAAUUUCAAACUUAACAUCAAAUAAACCUGCAAUGGAACCAAAAAUAAAAGUUCAGAAAUGUGCAGCCCUUAAAGAUAGUAGUUAUGAAUAUUUUUGGGAUCAUGUUUGGGAAUGGUUUGAUGUAUGUCUUUAUGCGUUUAUUCCGUUUACUGUAAUGAGUAUAGGAACAUUUCUCAUAGUCUAUCGUGUGUAUUAUCAACACCGACGUGUAUUUCGUUCACGUCGUAUCGGUAAGAGUAGUUCAAUGGGUGCAACACCAAAUAAAGCAAAAAGUUUAUUCUAUCUUCUAUUUACACUUAACUUACUGUAUUUUAUUCUUGUAAGUCCAGUUGUCUUAGUUACAACUGUCUUAUUUCGUAAUCCAAAUGAAGAACUUGCUUAUCCACGUUUGAAGGCUAUUAUUUAUCUUAUGCAAUAUUGUAAUCAUUCGUUGAAUUUUAUUUUUUAUGGAAUCACUUCACCGCCAUAUAGACGAACAUUAUAUGAAUGGUUUCGAUUAUUAAUUCCACAUCUACCUCAAUGUUGUCAAAGAAUAAUUAGACAACGAUCGAAGUCUAUUCCAAUUCAAAAUAAAUUCACAAAACAAAACAAUCCUACUCAAGAAAGAAUGAAGAAUUUCGAUGGUGAUAGUUUAGCCAACCUGACAUUAAACAAUGCAACGGAUAGAAAUAUAUCGAAAGAAUCUAUUGCUUUAGUUCUUCGAUAG